GCCGCUUUCUCCCGCGCCCGCCGCCAGCCCAGAGGCGGCGCACCGGCGCGGAGGCUCUCCGAGCGCCCGGCGUGCUCGGAGUUCGGGGGACCCGGCCCGGCCCAGGGUCGCAGGGAAGUCUUGCAUCCGUUGACUUUGGAGACUCUGCCGAAUGGGGGCCGCGAGAGGCAGUGGCCACAACUGAGGAGGAGCCUGAUGUGCAAAGCAGGUGUGAAAGCCAGGCGGGCAGCAGCCUCAGCGAUGAAGGUCUGUACCUGGGACCAGCGGACACAGGUGCGCACGUGGGGUUGAGCCGCGCCGCCCCGUGGCCACAGGCUUCCAGCUCCGAGAACAUGACCACAGCCCAGAACGGCCACGGGCGAGUUGCUGCGAUCCCCUGUCCAGUCUCGGAUCCCACAGACCCCGGCACGGUGACCUACCCGGCCUGUCGGAACGGAGGAUGCGGCGGAGGCGGCGACGCAGAAGCCCAGGACCCCAGGCCGGGCCCCGCCAAGUUCGUGCGCCUCUUCUCCGUGAGCAGGAAGAGGACGGGCGCCCACCCCGAGCGGCCCCGCUCCGUGGUGCUGAUGGGGCACUCUUCCACCUGGAACGCCCUGGCCUCCUUCCGGAAGAUGGGAUCCUUUAAAAAACUCAAGUCCUCCGUCUUUCAAGGAAUUCAAAACCGAGAGGGCUCCGAUGCAGCCAAGGAGGAGGCCUCGGAGCCUGAUGUGGGCCCUGCCCUCCCCAACGGGGCGGCCGUGGCCAUCCCCGCGGGCGGGCCGCCCCAGCCUGGGCCCGUGUCCGACGGCUCGGACCCCGAGGAGGCGGACGACGCCUUCCAGAGGAGCACGCACCGCUCCCGCAGCCUGCGCCGCGCCUACGGCCUGGGCCGCAUCAGCCUCCGGGACGCGGAGCCGCAGCUGCCGGGCCCGCCCGAGUCCCCGGGCCUCGCGGAGCCCCCAGUGUGCGCCAUCCUCGUGAAGGACUCGGAGAUCAACAGCGUCGCCUACCGGAGAAGCAAGAGCACCGACAACCUGAGCUUCCUGAGGAAGAGCUCCUUCAAGAGGAAGUCCGCCUCCAACCUGGCCGACCUCCGGACGGCGCCCGACCGGCCGGCGCCCCGACGGACGCUGAGCAGCUGCUCUGCCGACUCGGAGAAGCUCGGCGGGUCCGAGCGGAGGACGAAACGCUGGAAGAGCCCCAUCAGGGCCAAGGACUUCGACCGGGUCCUCAGGCUGGUGAGCAGCGCCACGGACGCGGCCUGGAAGCGAGAGCGUCCCAAGGGCGAGGCGCCCUGCCCCGGCGACGCCGCCCCGCGUCCCGGGCCCCGCAGCCGCCUGCACGACGACUACUCGCGCCGGGCGUCCAGCAGCGCGGAGCCGGAGAGCAGGAGGGCCGGCCCGGCCCCGGACUUCAGCCCAGCAGGGCCGCGGGGGCCCCACGUGGACGUGGAGACCGCGGUGUUUCCUCUCGAGGCCCAGAGCGGCGGUCCUGGCACCGGCAGCGCGUUGCCAAGCCCGCCUGCCCAGGAAGCAGCGCGCAAAGACUCCCUUGAGCCAAAACCUGGCAGCCAGUUUACAUGGGAACCCGAGCAGCCCACGCCUCUAAGGCCCACCGCCCCCAAGCCCCCUAGCCCCCAGAGCCCAUCCGGGAAGGACCCCAACAACCUCAGCGCGCUGUCCCUGAGCUCAGUGGACAGUAACGAAAGGGCAGAAGGUCCUGUGCCCUUCCCGGAUUUGGUGCAAGCCACGUGUGACGACGGCAGUGAGGACAGCGGGUCCAGGAGCCGCCCUCAGCUGAGCCUCGGCGAGGCUUCGGGUCCAGAAGAAAAGGAGGAGGAGGUUGUUACUGAGGAAUCCUGGAGGCGGGGCUCAUCCCUGGAGGAAGAUGGGAAGGAGGCUCAGAGGAUCCCCAGGAGGCGAUGGGGCUCUGGGAGGAGGUCCCGGCCUCGGCCACUCUCAGACUAUGGCCAGUUUGCCUGCCGAAGUUUGUCUAUUCCUGAAGACUCAAUUGCUGUGGACCCCCAGAAGGAGGACAUUGUGGACAGUGACCACCAGCUGAGCAUAGCCUCCACGGUCCCCGCAGACCAGAACGUAGCCAUGGGCUGCCCCAAAGGAUGCCAGAGAAGGCGCCCCAUCUCCGUGAUAGGCGGGGUCAGCUUCUAUGGGAACCGCCAGACAGAAGCAAUAGAGACUCUUCUAACCCAACCAGCAGCCAGGCCGCCCGUGCCAGCUCACCAGGUGCCACCCUACAAAGCGGUUUCAGCCCGGUUCCGGCCGUUCACAUUUUCCCAGAGCACCCCCAUUGGGCUGGACCGCGUGGGACGACGGCGGCAGAUGCGAGCAUCCAAUAUUUCUUCAGAUGGCGGUACUGAAUCCUGUGCCUUAGUGGAUGACAACGGCAGCGAGGAGGACUACAGCUAUGAAGACCUCUGUCAGGCCAACCCCAGAUACCUGCAGCCAGGCGGGGAGCAGCUGGCCAUCAACGAGCUGAUCAGCGAUGGCAGUGUGGUCUGUGCAGAAGCCCUGUGGGACCACGUGACCAUGGAUGACCAGGAACUGGGCUUCAAGGCAGGAGAUGUCAUCCAGGUUCUGGAAGCCUCUAACAAGGACUGGUGGUGGGGCCGGAGUGAGGAGAAGGAAGCCUGGUUCCCAGCAAGCUUUGUCAGGUUGCGUGUCAAUCAGGAAGAGCUGUCGGAGAAUUCCAGCAGCACGCAGGGUGAGGAGCAGCCGGAGGAUGCUGGCUCGACCCGCCACAAACACUCUGAGAGCAAGCAGCAGAUGCGGACCAACGUCAUCCAGGAGAUCAUGAACACCGAGCGGGUGUACAUCAAGCACCUCAAGGAUAUCUGUGAGGGCUAUAUUCGACAGUGUCGCAAGCACACGGGAAUGUUCACUGUUGCACAGCUAGCCACCAUUUUUGGAAACAUAGAAGAUAUUUAUAAAUUCCAAAGAAAGUUCCUGAAAGACCUUGAGAAACAGUACAAUAAAGAUGAGCCUCAUUUAAGUGAAAUAGGAUCCUGCUUUCUUCAACAUCAAGAGGGCUUCGCUAUCUAUUCCGAGUACUGUAACAACCACCCGGGGGCCUGCACGGAGCUGUCCGGCCUGAUGAAGCAGAGCAGGUACCGGCACUUCUUUGAGGCCUGCCGCCUGCUGCAGCAGAUGAUCGACAUCGCCAUCGACGGCUUCCUGCUCACACCCGUGCAGAAGAUCUGCAAGUACCCCCUGCAGCUGGCCGAGCUGCUCAAGUACACCACGCAGGAGCACAGUGAUUACAACAAUAUAAAGGCAGCCUACGAGGCCAUGAAAAACGUAGCCUGUUUGAUCAAUGAGCGCAAACGCAAGCUGGAGAGUAUAGACAAGAUAGCGCGUUGGCAAGUAUCCAUCGUAGGCUGGGAGGGACGGGACAUUUUGGACCGAAGUUCAGAACUGAUCCAUUCUGGGGAGCUGACCAGAAUCACUAAGCAAGGCAAGAGCCAGCAGCGGACAUUCUUUCUGUUUGACCACCAGCUCGUGUCCUGCAAGAAGGACCUGCUGCGCAGGGACAUGCUCUAUUACAGGGGCCGCAUGGACAUGGAUGAGAUGGAGCUCGUGGACCUAGAGGACGGGCGGGACAAGGACUGGAACCUCAGCGUGAAAAACGCCUUCAAGCUCGUCAGCAAAACCACUGACGAGGCUCAUCUGUUUUGUGCCAAGAAACAGGAAGACAAGGCGAGGUGGCUGCAGGCUUGUGCGGAUGAGAGGAGACGGGUGCAGGAGGACCGAGAAAUGGGAAUGGAAAUUUCCGAAAAUCAAAAGAAACUUGCCAUGUUAAAUGCUCAAAAGGCAGGACAUGGAAAGUCAAAAGGCUAUAAUGGAUGCCCCGUGGCCCCACCACACCAGAGCUUGCACCCCAUGCACCAGCGCCACGUCACGGUGCCCACCAGCGUCCCUCAGCAGCAGGUGUUCGCCCUGGCAGAACCCAAGCGGAAGCCUUCGCUGUUCUGGCACACCUUCAACAAACUCACCCCUUUCAAGAAAUGAAAGCGGGAGGGCGCACCUCGGCCUGUGGCCGUGAAGAGGACCUUUUUGUUCCUUCUGUGCUCAGUCCAAGGACAGUCUAUUGGACCCAGUGCUCUUCUUUGGGGCUGAAUAAAGAAGAGAAGGACCUGGACCCGCCUUCAGUCUCACAGAUGCAGCUGCCUGCUUGGAAGGGGGAGGAGGUGAUGAUGCUCCCCGGUACACAGGAGCCUUCUGUGGUUGUGCCGAGGCGGCCGGCGCUGAGGAACUGGUGACAUGCUCUGAAGUGAGUGCUGAGCAGUGACCCUGCUAGCCUCGCUGGUGAGGAGAGCCGGUGCUGCAGCCCAGGUCCAGGUGCGGCGAGGAAGGACAGGAUGGCUCGCGGCUUUUGCAUUCGGUUUGAAGGGAAUGGUCGUCCAGGGGUUGGGACGUCACUGCCACGAGUAAGCCGUUCCUCUCUUCCUUGGUGUUAGGGGACUUAGCGCAGACCUGUUCCCUGGUGUCAUCUGAACCCACACAGUGGCCACAUGAUAAUUAGCAGGCUUCAUCUUGCAGGCUCCUCCCCACACAGGCUGAGGGCGAGCAGGAGGAGCCUGUCUAAAAGCAGGGAGGCCUGCAGUGCAGUAACUUCAGCCUCCUAGGGUGAGGCUGCUUUCCAGGGAGGGAGGGAGGCGGGGAAAUCCUGUGGCAGGCUGAUGGCGCCAGACAGAUCCUUCUCUAGUCAGGUACCGUCCUGCCCACGCUCAUAAUGUAACUCCAUGAGCAGAACCCUGUCUGCUGGUUCAUAAUCUAGAAACUAUUCAAACACAUCUGUUUGCAAUAUAAAAACCCAUUCACUUUAGUUUCAGGAUAAAGUGAAUAUGCAAAUGCACUGAUUGAAAGGAUUUCUCAUUCAAUCAGUUGUUCCUGGCACCUUCACCAAUGAAGUUAUAAUGACAUGUACAUCCCCUGAAAAAGCUUGAGCUUCAAAGCAGUCCAUCAGCUCCAGGCGGAGCCCACUUGGUUGCAUUAACCCAAACAGUAGUGCUGACCUGCCAUUAUUAGCAUGUCGACGGGGUUCUGAAGAUUCCCUCUUUAUACAAGAGGCCUUAACAGAAUAUAUCUAGACGCAGAGAUAGCAGCCUUCCUUUAACGAGGGCCACAUGGGUUGAUACCUGUCAACAGUUUUCUCCUAGCCUUUGUCUAUAUUGUAAAUUUUGAUGAAAAUAACUUUAAAAUGUGUCUGGAGAAGACAGGCUCUGCAAGAGAGAUGCCAUUGUAAUUUACUUAGUGCACUGGAUGGGGGGAGGGUAUUGUAUGACUCAGUUUGUGUUUUUCUAUUUGAAAAUCUCCUUUUUGUAUGCUACUCUUGGAACGUUCUUUUUUCUACUAGGCCCAUGCUUAAGAAUAAACAAACCUGUACUGUCAAUCACAGAGGUGUAGUCUGAGUCUCUGGGUGUGUGGCUCCUCUACACCCUCCUCCCUGCCAACCCCCCCCCCCCCCCACUCCCACACACACACCCCCAGAGCUCUUCCAGAAGGAGAUGAUGACCUGCAACAAGAAGAGGCAAUCUUGGACCUCUCGGUGAGGCUUAGAGAAGCAUUAUGUGAAAGUUUGUCAGGAAAUCUUACCGGUUCUUUUUUAAAUCUUUUAUUAGCUAUGUUUUAUUUAUUUUUUAAAAAAUCUUUAUUGUUGAAAGUAUUACAUAUGUCCCCUUUUUACCCCAUUGACCCCCACUCCCCACCCCAGGCCUUCACCACCCUAUUGUCUGUGUCCAUGGGUUAUGCAUAUAUGCAUACAAGGUCUUCCGUUGACCUCUUACCACCCACGCACCCUCCCCAACCUUCGUUCUGAGGUUCGACAGUUGGUUCUAUGCUUCUAUGUCUCUGGAUCUAUUUUGUUCAUCAGUUUAUUUUAUUCAUUAGAUUCCACAUAUGAGUGAGAUCAUGUGAUACUUAUCUUUCUCUGACUGGCUUAUUUUGCUUAGUAUACAUUUACACAAUGGAAUACUAUGAAGCUAUAAAAAAGAAAGAACUCUUACUAUUUGCAACAGCAUGGAUGGGCCUAGAGAGUAUUACUAGUAUGCUAAGCGAAAUCUUGCCUGUUCUUGAGCCUGCUCUGCAUCUCCGUGUGCUCACUUCCAGGCAGUAUUGCUGGAGAAGGCAGUAGGUGGUGCUGCCCCGUGGCCAACAUCCCUGGGCCACUUCCUUGGACCUUCAUAGGGAGUGUCCCAGGAUAGAAGCUGCAUUUGUGAGGCUGCGUUUGUGAGGCAGCGUCUCAGGAGGGGCUGUGACUGCGUGCAUGAGCAUGUGUGUGCAUGUGUGCUUCGGUUUUGAAUACAUGUCUCAAUUUUAGUUGAGUUUAUACAACUGACAUUUUUAUUAACAAAAUUAUAUAUUUUAUAAACUAUACUAAAUAUGCUUUUCCUGGAUCCCUUACAGAAUAACUGUAGGGGUCUCUGUGCUAAAAAAAUUGUUCAUAUACACAGCAAUUUUAAACAGCUGGCUGUGGUGUGUGUGUGUGUGUGUGUGUGUGUGUGUGUGUGUGUGUGUGUGUGUGAUAAUAAAGAAUUAUGUUAAAGAAGCAAAGAGAGUUACUUGCUUAGGUUAUAUUUCCAGUGAGGAUUCAGCAAGUAAAGAACCACUCAGAGGGCUUCCAUUUACUAAUGUUUAUUAAUGAGCAAUGAAGAAAUGCUUUAAAUUCUGUGACGAGUCCUGGUUCGUUUCCCAGCUGAGCCCUAGCUCUGGUCCCACCUCCUGCUCUGGGCCUCCUAACAGGAGCAGGAAGCUAGGGCACCAGGGCAUGCGGCACAGCUCUGUACCUGUGAGAAUCGCCUGAUCAAUCAAUACCUGUUCUGGUGGAUCCUGGUGAUUUUGAAAACUGCCACAAUAGACUUUAAAUGUUAGAACGCCCUUGACUUCUUUAAGUUUGUAUGUCCAAUUUCAGUUGUUUUACCAAAUGCCUGAAUUCUAUAAAGAAUAGGUGGCUCAAGUAUUCUAAUUUUGGUUUGACAAACUUCCUUCUUGUUCUACUCAGAAAGUAGAGAAAAAGCAAAGAGGCUUCUAUACGGAGUGUGUAUGAAUUUCAUUGGGAAUCUCACUCUCUCUGUCUUUCUCUCUUUUUAACCCUACAUUGCAUAAUAUGGUGAAACUACCCCCCCCCCAAAAAAAAACGAUGAUAUAGAAUUCUGAUGAAUUUUACUUAUACUAUUAUUCAUAUAUCAGAAUUUGCUAACUCUGUUGAAAGAUAGUUGGGUCAAGAGCAACCUUCUCGAUGUUGAUGAUGCCUAAAACUAGCACAGCCUUGCGCUAGCUGUAAGGACUCACAGAGUAGAAUUUUGUAAAGCCCUGAAGAAGUAGCAUUCUUUGCUACUUCUUUGGCCUGCAAACUGGAAAAGGAGUGGCAGCAGCUGGCCAGCGCUUACACGGGACCAUCUGCACAGUUUGUUUUCGGUAGCUCUGAUCUUUUUCACCUGGUAGAUCUGACUUUGUAGUUGGAAACAUUUCGCGUCCAUCUCCCUGCUAGUUCUGAAUAUUGUUGUGUCUUUGUAAACCUAAUCUAGAUGAAGAUUAACUCCAUGCGUGUUCUUUUGUAAAAUCUUUUGUAAAAGCCAUGUGACGCAAUAUUUUACCAGUUGGAAAUCUUUACGUGCCCCAAUUGCUGUUAUUCCUCAAUAAAAAUCAACUUACUUAAAACCAGCUUGAUUACCUGGAGUUGGGGUGGGGGGGAAAUUGUUGAGGAGAGAAACAGAUGUGUCCCACCCAGGCCAGUACCAGCAGCGUGAAUAAAUGUCCUUCCAAGGCUACAGGACACAAAUCAACAAGGUCUGACCGACAAAAACAGUUGUCCCUGUAGUAGCGUAACCUACAGAUUGCUCUCCUGGUUAGACUUUCACCUGGCUAACUCCGCUCUCUGUAUGGAUGUGGUGGAAGUGGAAUUCAAAAGAUUUUGGAAAAAAAAAAUAAGUAAAAACUAUCUGAUCUUGAAAAACCAAAAAGCUUAAAUAUUUGAUGCAGACGUACUGAGCUACAACACAUGUAGCAAUAUCGUCUUUAGUUAUUCCAUAGGUAUCAACAGUUGUAUUUAGAAAGUACUUGAAUUGAUUCUGUGAUUUCAUAAUUGGUCAUUUUUUAAGUAUUAGCAUUAUUCAUGUUUGACUUAGCUACUUUGCAAAGCUUUGGGUAACCUUUUCAUGUUAACUCAUCAAUGUCAAGAUGACAUUAUCUGUAUAAGUUGUGACAGCUUCCAAACUGAUGACUUUGCUGUUGACAGCUGAAAGAUGUUACAGGUUGCUGUAACUUGAUAUGUAUUUUUGUUGAAUGAAGUUUUUGUAAAAAAAGAAAAAUUUAUUUACAAUGUUAUUGAAUGAUUUCUUGUAAAUGCUGUGAAUCUAUAUUUGUUGUUUUGUACCUGUAUAUUAAACUUAAUUUGCCAAACUG